AUGUCCCAAAAUUCCAAUAAAUUAACAACCCAUGGUGAACCAUCUCUUAUAACUAUUAAGAAGGAUGCCGCUACACAACCUGUUUCUAUUCUUAAUAAAAUAAACACUACAACUACAAAUGGUGGUAAACCUUUAGCGGUAAAUGAUACAGCAAAAUCAAAAUUGGCUACUACAAUCGAAAAAAUAUACCCUACAAAUGGAAAUUUGAAUAUUAAUCCUGUGACAAAUCCAAUAUCAAACAGACAGCAAAUAUCUGAUAAUCAAAAAGAUCCAACAGAUACUCUAACCAAUAGUAGACCUUCCGAUAAGAAAGCUAGACUAUAUAUGAACAAUGAUAUCAAUAAUAACAUACUCCCCGCAGAUCAACUAAGAUCAGUAUCAAAUGUAAGUAUAAAGACUGCAGUUUCUUUCAGUACGAAUAAUGAAAAUGAAAAACAAUUACAUCAUCGAUAUUCUAUAUCGAAUAAACCAACAAGUAAAAAUAAUUCACAAGAAAAUUUAAAUAAUAAUAAUAACAAUAAUAAUCAUCGAUUAUCAAUUGAUACAACAGGAGUUAAUAAUAAAAAAGUUACCAGUAAAACAAAAAAUGAAGAUAAUAUACAAGAUGAUGGAACAUUAGAAGAAAAAAAUUCUAUCGUUCACAUGCCUGGUGAUUUUAUAUAUCUAGAACCUAAAACACCAACAUCAUCUUCCAUAGAUUCAAACAACAAGCAAAUUACUCAAUCACAUGCUCGACUAAUAACACCACAUCGAAAUGAUACUGCUUCUACUAUCGUCGGUACUGGUACUGCUACUACUACUUCUACUGCUACUGUUACUCCUGCUACUAAUUCCUCCACACACAAUACGAAAUCAAACGUUAAGAAUCCAAAAGAAAUAAUAGGAACUCCCAAGGGACCUCAAAUUCCAUUCUAUGAAUUUUUCCAAAAGCAAGAUGACAAAAAAAUACAUAUAUUAAUGGGAACCACAGGAUCCGUUGCCACCAUAAAAGUUCCCUUAAUCAUUGAUAAACUUUUCAAAAUAUAUACACCUGAACGUGUCUCAAUCCAAUUAAUAGUGACCAAACCCGCUGAACAUUUCUUAAAAGGUUUGAAAAUUUCAUCACAUGUGAAAAUAUGGAGAGAAGAAGAUGUUUGGUAUGAAUAUAAAUUAGAUGGUAAUGAACCCAUAUUACAUCAUGAAUUAAGGAAAUGGGCAGAUAUAUUAUUGAUUGCACCAUUAAGUGCAAAUACUUUAGCGAAGAUUGCAAAUGGAAUUUGUAAUAAUUUAUUAACCUCGGUGUUGAGAGAUUGGUCUCCUUUGACUCCUGUUCUUGUCGCACCUGCAAUGAAUACAUUUAUGUAUAUUAAUCCAAUGACGAAGAAACAUUUGACCAUUUUACAAAAUGAAUGUCCUUAUGUUACCAUUUUGAAACCAAUGGAAAAAGUUUUGAUUUGUGGAGAUAUUGGUAUGGGUGGAAUGAGAGAAUGGACAGAUAUUGUUGAAAUAAUGAGGAAAAGAAUUAAUGAAUUGGUUAAAAUUCAAAACUUAUCAAAUGAUUUGACGAAUACUUCUCAUGUGAUUGGUGAUAACAAGGCAAAUAUUAUUAAUUCCAAUGCUAAAGAUUUACAACAGAAUAAAAAAACUUCAACACCGAAUGAUAGUUUAGCAAUAAGUCAGGAUGAAGUUGAAAACGAAGAAAAUGAGGAUGACGAUGACGAUGAUGAUGAAGAGGACGAAGAUGAAGAUGAUGAACUUCGGAAUGACACCGCCUCAGACGAUAGUGGAAUCAGCGAUGACGACGAUGAUGAUAACGAUGACAGUGACGAAGCUGAAGACGAAGAUGACGAUGAUGAUGAUGAUGAUUAUGAUGAUGACACUGAACAAGAUGGUAAAACCGAACAACGCCAGAUAUAG